AUGCGGAGAAUGUUCCUCCAUCCCGACCACCGCCGCGUCCUCUCGCUGCCGGCGUCGCUCCGCCAUGACGCCCUCCUCGCGCUCGCGUGCCUUCUCAAGACCUCCCCGCAAUGCCACCUCGCGCUUCACGCCUUCAGCCCCCCACCUUCCUCUGGCUCUCCCUCCUCCACCUCACUCGCUGCUCGCUUCGCCGCCGCCUCCCGCCUCGCGGCGUCGGCGUCCGCGCUCCGCCCCUUCGCCGCGAUCCUCCUCGCGGCGCUCCUCCCUGCCGCCUCCCCGGACCUCCUUUCCUGGUCGUCCUCCUACGGGAGCACCGGCGGAAGCGCUCGCGUGCGGUACGCCGCGCUCCGGCUCGCGCUCCACGCGUUCCUCGCCGCGGGUAUGGCAGCCGAGGCGCUCCACGUCCUCGCGCGCGUCCGCAGCUCCGGGAAUACGCCCAGCCUCUCCGCUCUGGCCGCAUUGCUGCGCCUUCUAUUCCGCAGCGGUGAGGUCCGCUCUGCCUGGAACAUGUUCGAGGAAAUGGCCACGAGGGGCCCGCGCCCGAGCUUGGCCAUAUUCAACGCCAUGAUCCUCGGGUUCUGCCACAGGGGGAUGCUGCGCAUUGGCUCGGGGCUGCUUGGAGUCAUGGAAAAGAAGUUCGGUAUCAUCCCGGACCUUGUCAGCUAUAACAUCCUCAUCAAGGGGCAUUGUGUGUUUGGGUGGUCAGGGGACGCCUUCAAGCUGUUUGAGGAAAUGCGCAGUUCAGGAUGUGAGCCGACAGUCGUGACGUAUAACAUACUGGUGGAUGUUCUGUGCCAUGAGGGGAGGAUGGCGGAAGCGAGGAGGCUGUUCGAUGAGAUGGCAAAGGUGGGGAUCAAAGAAAAUACAAUAACCUUCAAUGUCUUGAUAGAUGGAUACGCAAAGACUGGACGGAUGGAUAAGGCCAGCGCAGCCUAUAGGGAGAUGAAAGUGAGAGGAUUAGUGCCAGAUUCCUGCACCUUCAACAUUCUUGCUGCUGGAGCGUACAAGUUUGGGCAUGCUGCCCAGUUAGUCCAUGAUCGUGAAAUGUUUGCUUCACACUUGCCGGCUGAUGGGUUGGAUGUGUUGGUCUGUAGGCUUUGUUGGGAUGACCGAUUGGAUGAUGCCUGGGAGCUUCUGCGCGGUGCUAUUGAGCAGGGUGUUCCAGUUAGUGUUGCUGGAUUUAAUGCAUUGAUCGCUGCUUAUAGCAAGGAGGGACUCCAUGAAGCAGCGUUUGAACUAUACAGAAUUAUGAAUGAGGUAGGGCUGGCACCGUCAACGCAUACUUUUAAUUACUUGAUAAUGGGGCUGUGCAAUCAAGGAAGGCUUGAUGAGGGGCAGCUAAUUUUAGAACACAUGGUUAGCAAGGGAUAUUGUCUAAGCACAUCAUUUACUAUCUACUUGGAUGCAUCCUUCAGAGAGGGCGAUGCAGUCCGCGCUUUGAAAUGUUGGGGUGAUAUGGAAAAAAUUGGUCUACAGCCUGAUUUUAUUGCCUUCUCAGCAUAUGUCAAUGGCCUAUGCCGUUUAGAUUAUGUGAAUGAGGCCUAUCAGGCAUUUGCUGAGAUGACAACAAGAGGACUUGAACCGAAUAAUAUUACUUACAACUCCAUCAUAUCUGCAUUUUGUCGGGCAGGCAAUAUGGCUGAAGCUUUGAAGUUACAGCAGAAGAUGAGGCAGAGUGGCCUUGUUCCUGAUGUUUACACAAGCAACAUUCUAAUCGACGGUUUUUGCAGACAAGGAAACUUGAAGAUGGUGGACAGCCUUUUAUUGGACAUGUGCAGUAAUGGUCUAAUCCCAGACACAGUGACGUACAAUACUAUAAUCAAUGCGUAUUGCAGGGCUCAGGAUAUGAAUGGUGCUAUGAGUUUCAUGAAUAAGAUGUUUGCAGCUGGUUGUGAACCGGAUAUUUUCACAUAUAAUAUUUGGAUGCAUAGCCUCUGCAGCAACCAUAUGUUGAACCAAGCAGGGAAGGUGUUAGAUGAGCUUGUUACAAGGGGUUGUCCUCCUAAUUCAGUUACAUACAAUACAUUGAUGGAUGGCAUUUGCAGUGAUGUUCUUGAUCGAGCUAUGAUACUGACUGGCAGGCUGAUUAAGAUGGCUUUUCAACCAAACACUAUCACACUUAAUGUUUUCCUUUCUCAUUUCUGCAAGCAAGGAUUUGGAAAGAGAGCCCUUAUGUGGGCUGAGAAGCUCAGGGAAGAUUCUUUUGUUUUUGAUGAUGCUACUAGAAAUAUAAUUGACUGGGCACAAAGGGAAAUGGAGAACGAUCCCCAGGUUAACAAUGAGGACAUAGAUAGGUGCCUGUUUCUCGAGUUCUUGAUGUUCAGGACAUAUGAGACUAUGCACAAUAACAGAUACUCAAAGGCUGGACAUGUGCCUGCGGAUAAAGGUUUUGAUCCUGCUAGCAGCAACAUGAUCAAAAUUUUGGAUACUGGUUGA